AGACACACGAAUACAUCUUCUCCACUGAUGCUUCAAAAUGUUUCUUUAUGUUUGAAGUCUGUUUGGGCAUUUCCGUGCACUGGCACUGCCAAGUGAUAUACAGCCAUCACUAAACUGAGCUUACAAGGAAACUGAAAAAAGUUAGAACUGUCGUCCUGAUCGGGGUUGAAACAAGGACUCAAAACAGAACCUGAAAAGGAAUUAAGGACAAGAAACCUGCUUUUCUGUGACCGUUUUCACUUCGAAAAAUCGAGGAAAAGCUCUUACGUGGGGCAUGGGAGUCAUGCGGGUAGUUUUGGACAGCAGGAUAUACGAGAAUCGAGCUGUGUGCUUCUUGUGCUGAAAGCAAUAAGAUGGGAUAUGUGGGCUUUAUCAGGUUUUAUCAGUCUAGUUAAGUGAGUCAGGCUUUCAGUUGUGCUCUCCUGCUGCCAGAUCAGCCCUCCAGAUAUUCACAUCCUCUUACUGAGAUCUCCAACUAAACCGUGCGGGAGUCAAUUUGAGCACUUUUCAGGAUGUGCUUCUAACCGGCUCUCUAGACGAUCUCUUUGCCUUUGUUUCUGUUGACUUUUGUACUUUUUAGUUGAAUCUUUUUCUGUGUGACAACCGUGCGUCCCCCGAGACAGGAUGCAGGUGUCAUUUGUGUGCACGGACCACCGGUCCAUGAGCCGCAGCACGGAUGACAGGCUCAAUCGGCAAAAUGCCAACAGCCCGAACACAGGCACCCGGAACAAAUUUAAAGCCGUAGCCAUGGUGGCCCGGAGCCUUGGCCAGCUGUCCGUCCAGAGUGUGCCCUCUUCAAGUGACCAGAGCAUGAGAACUGGCAUGAAAUAUAGAAACCUGGGGAAGUCGGGCCUGAGAGUCUCGUGUCUUGGAUUGGGAACAUGGGUGACGUUUGGAGGACAGAUCCCAGAUGAGAUGGCAGAGCAGCUGAUGACUCUGGCAUACGAGAAUGGGAUCAAUCUGUUCGACACGGCAGAGGUCUACGCUGCAGGAAAGGCUGAGAUGGUGCUGGGCAACAUCAUAAAGAAGAAAGGAUGGAGACGCUCCAGUUUAGUCAUUACAACAAAAAUAUUUUGGGGUGGAAAAGCAGAGACUGAGAGAGGACUGUCUAGAAAACACAUUAUAGAAGGUUUAAAGGCAUCGUUGGAGAGAUUGCAGUUAGAAUAUGUGGAUGUAGUGUUUGCAAACAGACCAGAUCCCAACACUCCCAUGGAAGAGACGGUGCGAGCGAUGACCCAUGUGAUCAAUCAGGGAAUGGCGAUGUACUGGGGCACAUCACGCUGGAGUCCGAUGGAAAUCAUGGAGGCGUAUUCUGUGGCCCGGCAGUUUAAUCAGAUCCCACCAAUCUGCGAACAGUCAGAAUAUCACAUGUUCCAGAGAGAGAAAGUGGAAGUACAACUUCCUGAGCUCUUCCAUAAGAUCGGUGUGGGUGCUAUGACAUGGUCCCCACUGGCCUGUGGCAUAAUCUCAGGAAAAUAUGACAGCGGUGUGCCACCGUGCUCUCGAGCAUCCCUGAAGGGCUACCAGUGGUUGAAGGACAAGAUCUUGAGUGAGGAGGGCCGACGCCAGCAGGCGAAGCUGAAAGAGCUGCAGGCAAUCGCUGAGCGGCUGGGCUGCACGCUGCCACAGCUAGCCAUCGCGUGGUGCUUGAGAAAUGAAGGCGUGAGCUCUGUGCUCUUAGGAGCCUCCAACACCGACCAGCUCAUGGAGAAUAUCGGAGCAAUACAGGUUCUUCCAAAGAUGUCCUCCUCUAUCGUACACGAGGUGGACAGUAUCCUGGGCAACAAACCCUACAGUAAAAAGGACUACCGCUCCUAGUGUGGAACCGGACGGGACACGCUCCUCACACACCUUUGCCUGAUCCUCCGUUCGCUUCCGCUUUUACUGAAUGAGUACUGGCCGCAUGAGACGGGCAAGCAUCCACAAACCUUGAAGAGCAAGACUUUUACUACACAAAGGGCAAGAAAAAGUGAAAAAUUAAACAAAUGAAAGACACUGACAAAUAGUUGAAAUGCAGGAUAGAAAGCAAUGUAUUGACGAUAUGUGAUUACAGAUGUUUUCGUUAUACGUUCAACCCUACAGAAAAUGUACUUUAAAAUGAGAACAUUAGGGUAAUGAAGAACAACAUUUAAAAGAUGCUUGAAACAUAAUGUUUAUAAAACAUGCUUGCUUGGCUGCUGGAAAUAUUCAGUUUUUCUCUUGCUUUUAUUUUUUUAAAUGUAUUUAUUUUUGUCUUCAAAAAUAUUGAAUGCAUAUUAACAAAAAUGGAGCGUUAACUGAAAAAGGUAAUCGAGUACAUGAUCCAUAGUCACUCAUGUGGUUCAUUAGGGUUUGCACACGUCGCUCACGCCAUCGAGGUGUCUCGACCCAGAGCUUUUCACUGUGUCGUCUGCAUUAUGUAUGCACACGCCCCCCAUUGCAGGCAAACCUAUAAGCACUUUAAGAGGGAACAUCAGAGGGAGUGACUCUGUUUAAACUGAUUUAAAUGCAGCUCCUCUCGAGAGGGGCAAAA